CGGCCUGCCACAUCAGGAAGAGGGAGGAGCGGGACGAGAAGGGAAAGGAAGGCAGCGAAGGAAGACAGCGGCCUGUGUGCGGCCCGGGGCGCGCGCCCGACUUCCUCCGCUUUUGGGGCGCGCGGCGGAGAGGAAGAAAGAGAGAGAGAGAGAGAGAGAAGACCUGCGCGGUGACGUCACGCGGAGCUGUCCCUCAGCACCGGGCCGGCUCUGGCGCUGCAGGUUCGAGACCCGGUCGAGCAGAUGGAAGAAACGCCAUGAGGCAGAGUUUGCCAUAGGCAACAGGGAGGGAGUGGGGAGUCUGAAGUCAUCUCAGAGACCUUGAAGAGCCAUGACAUCAACGGUACAGACCCUGCGCUUUCCGCUGCUGCCCCAUGCACCGGGCCAGGAUCGGAUGCAUAGUUGCGAGCAGGAGAUUGAGCGGCGCUACCAAGUGGUGCCAUCGGUGGUGUGUGCCAUGUGCUGCCUCUUCGGGAUCAUCUACUGCUUUUUUGGAUACCGAUGUUUCAAGGCAGUGAUGUUCCUGACAGGGCUGAUGUUUGGCUCAGUGAUCAUCUUCAUGCUGUGCUACAAGGAGAGGGUGCUGGACACUCAGCUGAGUGUGGAGGCCUCUGUGGGCAUCGGGCUGGGCAUCGGAGUGCUCUGUGGGCUGGUCACCAUGCUAGUACGCAGUGUCGGGCUCUUCAUGGUUGGCCUGAUGCUAGGGCUGCUGCUGGCUGUGGCCGCCUUGGUGGUGAUGGAGCAGUUCUACCACCCUCCGACUGUCUGGAUCCCCAUUGGCUUGCUGCUAGGCGUGGGCAUGCUGUGUGCCGUGCUUACCCUGCAGUGGCAGCGACUUUUCACCACGCUGUCAACCGCUGUCUUUGGCAGUGCCGUCAUGACUGCCACGGCUGACUACUUUGUCGAGCUCUUUCUGCUCCUGCAGUAUGUUUAUGAGCGUGUCAAGGUGGCCCCUUCCCGGCCCAUCUGCUGGUACAGCUGGGUCAUCCUGGGUACUUGGCCCAUCCUAGCUUUGCUGGGCGUCCUAGUGCAGUGGAAAGUCACCGCUGAAGGAUACUCACACACUGAAGUGAUAAUCAGUCGACAGCAGCGCCGUGUUCAGUUGAUGCGGAUCAAGCAACGGGAAGAACACAAGGAGAAGAAGAAGAAGAGGCGGCCACAUCCUCAUCCCCAUGUGCAACACAAAGCCCACCCCCCAGAGCCUGCCUAUCGUCGCAAACCUAACCCUGUCCGCCGAUUUGAUGGGGAUGUACUCUCUCCAGUGAGUGAAUACCAUAGGAGCUACAUACAGAGCUUCCGAGAACGGCAGACGGGCUCUUCCCUCAACAGCCUCUUGGUUAGCACUCAUGCUGCCAUUGACAUAGACUAUGACUGCAGUUCCACUGUGCCCCUGACGACGGGCUCUGGCCCUGCCAUGCGAGUAUAGUCCAGCAUCUCCCACCAAGACACAAGGACGCUAUCAUGAGUGGUCUCAAACUUCACACCAUGUGGACAUUGCCCAGCGCCUGUGCUGCCAUCAAACCUUGGGGGAUGCUCAUUGCUAGCAUUCAUGGGCCUGGCCUGGACAUGCAAAGGUAGUCCAGCAUCUCUCAAGCUGCAGAAUAUGCAGAAUUCUCCCCAGUGCUACAUUGGCUCUGACCCAACCACCAAGAAACAAGAGGCAAGGGAAGAGAGUGAGCAAGAGCUUGGGGCAAAGGGCUGAAGAGAGACCUGGUUGUAACCCACCCAGGCCAGAAAUGUGGAUGGUAGUAUUUGACGUAAUAAUCAGCAUUGUGCUACGAGGCUACGAAGGAAGAAGCUAAUCACACUUACCCACUCCCAAAAAAACUGACAAGAACCUGCUGGUGUGUCCCACCCAACACUACUUGAGUGGCCCAUAUACGGAUGGACCAUGCAGUGUUCUUCUGCUGUCUUGCCACAUGAUGGACCCAACCUUUAUCCUGGAGUUUGUCUUUGCAUGAGCUGGUCCCAAGGAUCGUCUUAGGGGUGCAAGUGCCCGUUGUGUAAUGACAGUGAUACAAUUUGAUUCAGUUCAGUCUGGCUGGAACAAGCCAGCUCAGGGAAAUGGGGCCCUUGCCCAUACCAGUGCCUGGCUUUCUGUCUCAAAGGGUGACUCAAGAAGGGAGGGGAGGAGGGGGGGCUGGGCACCCAGGCUGGGCUGGGCUGUAUAACUGUCCAAGUGUGCAAGUGAGAGUGUGAAUGUGGGGGAACUAGAGCAAUGUGGCCAUUCGACUGGUAUCCAGGCAAUGAGCCUUUUUGAGGCUCCCUCCCUUUCCCAUAGUCCUCUUACUCUACUCCUCAUUCUGGAGGGUGGGGAGAACAGUGAAGGACUCGGGUUGGGGAGGAAAUACCCAUGUACAUAGUCUUGUUACAGUUAUUUGUAUUAAUUUAUUAUUGACAAAAGAGCUGGGCCUGAAGAUAUCAGAUGGACCCAGAGGGGCCAUUGGGAAGUUGGGUGGAAAACAACAAAACGGAUUCCUACAGCCCUCUUCUCUUUCCCCUCAGGGCUUACCCCCUUUUUUCUGUCUAGCUCCACAGCCCUGGGCAGGGUGGGGAGGUGGAUGUUUUUUUCCUACUUAACAAAGCCCUGCUUUUGAGCUUCGUCUGUGGGUGAUUUCUGUGUGGACCAGACAGUGAGUCUCUCGCUGUCUACAUCUUUGGAGGCGAUGGGAGGGGAGAAUUAAUGGGCCAUCUAUUUCAGGAUGGGGCAAGGGAGAAUACAGUGCACUUCAGCAAGGCCUCUCCUCCAUGGGGAAACUGCAUGUUUUUGUCACCAAUCGCCAUUGUUGUCACCACAGAAACCUUGCACUCUUUGGUUUUCUUCUUUUUGUCUUUCUUUCUUUUUUUGUAUAUGUGCCAAACGCUGCCCAGCUGUGGCUGCGCAAGUAAAAAAAAAGCCUUUCAGGAGUAGUGCUUUCAUG